AUUUCUACGUUCUUUGAGUUUGACGACAUGUCUGAUAUGGUUGUUAGCAUGUGAGUUUCGACUUGUAUAGAUUUUUAUGCAUGCAUUUUGAAUAGUAGAAUUUGUGUCCAAUCCAAACCACUUUAAAUUCAGAACACUCUUUCAGAAUCUUGAUGAGAGCAUAUGUUGGCUGUGAAGUGAUCAUAUCCGGUGGCGCGGUACGGUCACUUUCCGGCACAAACUAGCCACCAUAUCAUCCUAAUUCCAUCCGUUUUGAAGCAUAAAGUAUCUAAGGAUAUUAUAGAAUUGUGCUUUACAGCAUCAGUACCAGCAUAUCAACCAAACAAACUCCUUUUUUUUUCUUCCAAUAUAUAUAACAUCAUCUUGUGUUUUCAUUCAACACACUCAUCAACAACCAAACUCAUCAUCACUCAUAUACCAAAGAGAGAAAGAUGGUGAAAUUCUCUAAGCAAUUUGAAGGACAACUCAUUCCUGAAUGGAAAGAAGCUUUUGUAGAUUAUUGCCAACUUAAGAAGGAUAUUAAAAGAAUUCAACUUCUUAACAAUAUCAACAACGAACCAAACAAUCACCAAAUGACAUCGUCGCCCUUUUCGUUAUUACGAAAAUUCUCUUUAUUUGGACAUCAACAAAGAGACCAUGAACCAAUUCAAGUUCAUAGGAAACUUGUUUCAUCAACAAGUAAAGGUGAUAUGUAUGAGACACAAUUGUUGGAACAAUUUGCCGACACUGAUGCAACUAAGGAAUUUUUUGCAUGUUUAGACCAAAAUCUUAACAAGGUGAAUAAAUUCUAUAGGACAAAGGAGAAAGAGUUUCUAGAUAGAGGAGAGUCAUUGAAGAAACAAAUGGAUAUUCUUAUUGAGCUCAAAUCUGCAUUCAUGGAGAAGAAAGUUAAAGGAAGCUCUUCUCAAUAUUCUAAGGAGGAAGAAUCUGUCUCAUGCACAUUUUCUAGUAGUGAGGAUGACUCUAUUAGGAGCAGCAGAGAACAAACAUGUGAUUUGGAGAAAAUAGAAGAGGAUUUUACUCAAUCAAAUGAAGAUGAGAAAUCAAUGAAUUUGAAAUGGGUUGAUGGUAAAUUAAGGACACUAUCUGGCCAUCUUGUUAGUUCCAAAGGAAAGAAUGUGAAGAUAAACAUUCCUUUGACAACUCCUUCACAAACUUUAUCAGAAAUUAGUUACCUUGUAAUGGAAGAUUUGUUCAACCAAUCUUCAAAGAAAUCUAAUCUAGAAAAUGGUGUUCUUCAUCUUAACAAAACAAGGUUGCAUCAUGCUGAAAAAAUGAUCAAGGGUGGUUUCAUUGAGCUUUAUAAGGGCUUAGGAUAUUUGAAUGAUUAUAGGAACUUGAACCUGCUUGCAUUUUUGAAGAUUCUAAAGAAAUUUGAUAAGGUCACAGAAAAACAAAUUCUCCCGAUCUAUCUCAAAGUAGUUGAGAGUUCAUAUUUCAACAACUCGGACAAGGUGGUGAAGUUCAUGGAUGAAGUGGAGGAAGUGUUUGUGAAAAACUUUGCUAAAGAUGAUCAUAGAAAGGCAAUGAAAUACCUUAGACCAAUUCAUCAUAGGAAAGAAUCACAUGCUUUAACUUUCUUCAUUGGACUAUUUACCGGAUGCUUUUUCGCACUUUUUGUUGGAUAUGUUUUAAUGGCUCAUCUUACCGGACUCUACAAAAGACACCAAAAUUCACUCUACAUGGAAACUGUCUACCCUGUGCUUAGCGUGUUCAGUCUCAUGUUUCUACAUUUCUUCCUCUACGGAUGCAACAUUUUCGCGUGGAGAAAGACUCGUAUAAACUACAAAUUUAUUUUCGAGAUUGCUCCGACUAAGGAACUAAAAUACAGAGAUGUGUUCUUGAUUUGUACAAUGUCAAUGACUGCUGUGGUUGGAGUCUUGUUUUUUCAUUUGACUCUACUCACAAAAGGGUAUACCUAUGCACAAGUUCAAAUCCUCCUUGGCCUACUAUUUCUCGCCUUCUUACUAUUACUUGUUUGCCCCUUCAACAUUAUAUAUCGGUCAAGUCGUUACCGCUUCCUAUGUGUGAUAAGGAACAUAAUUUGGUCACCCCUUUAUAAGGUUGUGAUGCUGGACUUUUUUAUGGCUGAUCAACUUUGCAGUCAGGUUCCAAUGCUAAGGAACUUAGAGUUUGUGGCAUGUUACUAUAUAACUGGGAGCUUCAAGACUCAAGACUAUGGAUAUUGCAUGAGAGUGAAAAACUAUAGAGAUUUUGCUUAUGCAGUGUCCUUUCUUCCAUAUUAUUGGAGAGCAAUGCAGUGUGCAAGGAGAUGGUUUGAUGAAGGAGAGACAAGUCACCUUAUCAAUCUAGGGAAAUAUGUUUCAGCUAUGUUAGCUGCAGGAGCUAAAGUUGCUUAUGAAAAAGAUAAAAGUGUUGGAUGGUUAUGUGUUGUUGUGAUCAUGUCAAGUGUUGCAACUUUGUACCAAUUGUAUUGGGACUUUGUUAAGGAUUGGGGUUUACUACAAAUGAACUCCAAGAAUCCUUGGUUAAGGAAUGAAUUAAUGCUAAGAAGAAAAGCCAUUUACUACUUCUCCAUGGUAUUAAAUAUUACUCUGAGGCUUGCUUGGUUGCAAACUGUGCUCCAUUCAUGUUUUGAAAAUGUUGACUAUAGAGUGACAAGCUUAUUUCUAGCAGCACUUGAAGUUAUUAGAAGAGGACUAUGGAAUUUCUACAGAUUGGAGAAUGAGCAUCUAAAUAAUGCUGGAAAGUUUAGAGCAGUGAAGACAGUGCCACUACCAUUUCAUGAAGUGGAGGAUGAAGAAGACUAAUAAUAAUGCCAAUUGGCAUUUGGAUGAUUCCAACACUUGAUGGAGAAGAUUAGUUAUCCUCAUUCUUGUUGAUGUAACAUUUGAUCAACUUGAUUAUUAUUUUUUCAGUGGAUUGUAGGAACAUCAUCCACAUAUGUAUACACAAUUUUCAUUAACAGUAAAUAAAAAAUUUAUGGGAAAGUGUAAUGAUACUUAA